ACUGAGUGAGCUUGUCUGCUCCUCCUGUUCUGCUCUCUCAUCUCCUCCAGCAUGGUGUGUCUGUGGCUCCCCAGAGGCCCCUGUGUGGCAGCUGUGGUCCUGAUGCUGAUGGUGCUGAGUCCUCCCGUGGCUUUGGUCAGGGACCCCCGACCUCGGUUCUUGGAACAAGCUAAAGGCGAAUGUCAUUUCUACAACGGGACGCAGCGCGUGCGGCUUCUGCAGAGAUACAUCCACAACCGGGAGGAGUUCGUGCGCUUCGACAGCGACGUGGGCGAGCACAUUGCGGUGACCGAGCUGGGGCGGGGCAUCGCCGAGUACUUCAACAGCCUGAAGGACUUCAUGGAGAGCAGGCGGGCCGCGGUGGACACUUUCUGCAGACACAACUACGGGGUCGGGGAGAGCUUCACUGUGCAGCGGAGAGUUGAGCCCCAGGUGACUGUGCACCCCACAAAGACGCGGCCCCUGGACCACCACAACCUCCUGGUCUGCUCUGUGAGCGGGUUCUACCCUGGACACAUUGAAGUCAGAUGGUUCCGGAAUGGCCAGGAGGAGAAGACUGGGGUUGUGUCCACGGGCCUGAUCCGGAAUGGAGACUGGACCUUCCAGACCCUGGUGAUGCUGGAGAUGGUUCCUCAGAGUGGGGAUGUUUACACCUGCCAGGUGGAGCAUCCCAGCCUGACCAGCCCUGCCACAGUGGAGUGGAGGGCACGGUCCACAUCUGCACAGAACAAGAUGCUGAGUGGAGUCGGGGGCUUCGUGCUGGGUCUGCUCUUCCUCGGGCUGGGGCUGUUCAUCUACUUCAGGAAUCAGAAAGGACAGUCUGGACUUCAGCCGUCAGGACUCCUGAGCUGAGGAGAGAUGACAAGGCUGAAGGAAGGAGCUCCCCUGUCUCCAUGGCUCCAGUUCCUCCUUUGACAGUACUUCCCCAGGACCCGGCUCCCCCUGGUUCUGGACCCUGCAGACCUGUGCUCCUUGAUGGCCUGCUCAGCCCCUGCCAGGGUCUGCAGCCCCAGGACAGAAGUCCCCUCAUCUGCCUACCUUGUCCACUGCUUUUUGUUCCCUGCUGCUUGUCUGGAGCUUCUGAGCCAGCUGAUGUCAUGAUGUUUUCUCACAUUUUUCUCCAAUAAACAAAGAAUGAAAAUCA